AUGGGAAGUUUUGUGGAAGGACUGACAAGCCCUGAGAUGGAAAUCGCUGGAAGUGGCGCUAUUGUUGAUAACAAAACACGUUUUUCUGACCUAAAAGUGAUGCUGGACGGCUCAAAAGACAACCUGAAAAUGGAUGCAAUGAAAAGAAUAAUAAAUUUAGUUGCAAAAGGUCGUGAUGUCUCAGAGCUUUUUCCUGCAGUUGUCAAGAAUGUGGCAGCGAAAAAUCUUGAGCUUAAAAAAUUGGUCUUCGUUUACUUGGUGAGGUAUGCUGAAGAGCAGCAAGAUUUGGCACUUCUUUCAAUCAGCACAUUUCAACGUGCGUUGAAAGAUCCAAAUCAGUUGAUUAGAGCUAGCGCUCUUCGUGUUCUUUCCAGUAUACGAGUACCAAUGAUUGCACCAAUAAUGUUAUUAGCAAUACGUGAAUCUGUCCGCGAUAUGUCUGCUUAUGUUAGAAAAGUAGCUGCGCAUGCAAUACCAAAAUUAUAUUGUUUAGAGGAAAGUUUACAAACAGAACUGAUUGAAUGCAUUGAUUAUCUGCUUGGUGAUAAGCGCACUCUUGUACUUGGUAGUGCAGUGUAUGCAUUUGAAGAGACAUGUCCAGAUCGUUUUGAUUUGCUUCAUAGGCAUUUUCGGACAUUGUGUAAGGCUAUCGCAGAUGUAGAUGAAUGGGGACAGGUAGUGAUGAUUGGAUUGUUGACUCGUUAUUCUAGGAGUCAGUUUGUUGCUCCACUGGAAGUAGUUGAUCCUGAUCUUGCAUUGCUUCUCACGUCUUGUCGUCCAUUGUUGCAAAGUCGAAAUUGUGCCGUAGUUAUGUCUGUUGCCCAGCUAUUUUAUCACUGUGCACCGCUCUCUCAAAUGUCUAUAAUUUCACGUGCGCUUAUCCGUCUUUUACGUGGACCACGUGAAGUGCAAAACGUUGUGCUUGUCAAUAUUGCGACUAUUUGCUCAACCAAACCGGUAUGUAAUUAUUUUUUUUUGCCAAACCAGUAUAUACGAUUGAAUAUGUUUGAACCAUUUUUGAGAAGUUUUUUCAUACGUCCGGCUGAUCCAAAACAUAUCAAGCUGUUGAAGUUGCAAAUAUUGAUCUUGCUGGUUUCGGAAACAAAUGUGCAGUUAGUUCUUCGUGAAUUACAGACAUAUGUUGGCAUGACAGAAAUGGCUGAUGCUGCAAUAGAAGCGAUAGGGCAGUGUGCUGCACGUGUCAGCUCUAUUACUGAUUCAUGUAUUUCCGGAUUGGUGUCGCUAAUUACUUCUUCGGAUGAAACUGUUGUCUCAGCGUCUGUUGUAGUUUUAAAAAGAUUAUUGCAUGCAAAUCCACCUCUAAAAUUACUCAAACGUGUACUUCGUCUUAUUGAUUCUGUGAAAGCUGCAGAAGCUCGAGCUUGUGUGAUCUGGCUUGUGGCUACUCAUGUUGAUAAAGUCUCAACUGUUGCACCAGAUGUUCUGCGUAAAAUGGCAAAAAGUUUUACGCAUGAAAGCGAAGUAGUGAAGUUGCAAACAAUAAAUUUAGCUGCGAAAUUAUGGCUAUUAAAUCGCCAAGAAUGUGAACUACUGGUACGAUACGUUAUGCAGUUGGCUCGGUUCGAUCAAAGCUACGAUAUUCGAGAUAGAUCCAGAUUUUUGCGAAAUCUGUUAUUUAGUGACAACAAGUUGUCUUGUUUUGCAAAUGAGAUAUUCAAUGCUGAGAAACCUUCACCAGCUACACAGAGUACUUUUAAAGAUCGCGAGCAGUUUCAGUUAGGAACUUUGUCACAUUUCCUCAAUCAGCGUUGCAAGCGAUAUCGUGAUUUACCAUCGUUUCCUAAUAUUGCACCUGAUUCUUCUUUGAGAAAUACAAAAUUGGUAGAUGAACUAAAUAAUGGCGUGAGAAUCGGCUAUAAGAUCGGAAAUGAAAGUGAAGGGGAUGAUUUUUGUCUACUUGAAGAAAGUGAAGAAGGAGAUAAAAGUACUGAAGAACAGGAAAGUGAGGAUGAGGAUGAGGAAGAAAGUGAUGAGGAAUAUGAAGAAGAAAAUGAGGAUGAAAGUGACGAAGACAAGGAACUAUUUCUAGUAAAUUCUGAAACGAAAAAGUCAGAAAAUCUUCAUCUUUUGCUCGAUUUAAACUUCGAUUCAGCAAUAAAAAAUGCAACAGACUAUGUUGUAGAGCCCAAAUUUGUGAAUUCUUUUUUCACACCGUUGUUGAGCCAUGCUGCUUGGCCUGUGGGAAUUAGUAUCGAUCUAUGUUUUCCUCGUGAAACAUCACUUUUACAUUCAUCCAUGUGUCCUGUACUAUUAAAAUUCACAAACAAUUUGGAAUCCAGUUCACCUAAUAUCACUGCAUUGCCAAAGGCUGUGGCCGCUGCUAUCAAUCAGAUGUCAACUAGUGGUCAGAUUGUCUUGGAGGAACUAUCACCAGGUGAAAGUGUAAUCAAGAAAAUUCACAUUGAUUUUGGUGAUAGUAAAGGAACAUCUGAGUGGUUGCUUAGCGCGGAGAACAAUCAGGAAAUGACAAUUAGUAUUGAAGCUCCUAUGGGUGAACAAAUAGAGCCAGUUUUGAUCACAGAGGAGCAGUUUAUUAAUCGGAUUUUAUGCCUAAGUGGAUUGAACGACCACUGUGGGAAGCUUGAAAGGCCUUUAAAACCUGAUGAACUUUAUGCUGUUGCAAAUUGCUCUAGUGUUACAGGUUCUGAGGCAAGUCUUUUACAAAAAUCUAUGAUGUUUAAUGUCAAAGAAUUCCUCCAAAUUUUCGCUUUUCAGGUACAUUUCUGUGCACAGACUCUAUCCAAAAAGCAACAGGUGCUAAUUACCUUGGAACCAGAGCAAGUCCAUGUGCAUUGCGAAAACAUCGUGCUUGGCUCUUUGCUUUGCGACGAUAUUGUUAAAGCAUCUCUGAAAUCAUGA